AUGGGUAAAAAAGUUAGAGAAUAUAAAUCCGGCGACUUCAUUUUCGCAAAAGUUAAGGGUUAUCCAGCAUGGCCCGCUCGAGUGCAAAGAUUGAAUGGGAAAAAAUAUUUUGUGUAUUUCUAUGGCACAGGGGAAACGGCAAAUCUCCCACCUAAUAUGAUUUUUGACUAUGCUGAAAACAAAGAUAAGUUUCUUACAAAAACUGUAAAAAGGAGAGAUUUUAAUGAUGGUGUUAAGCAGAUUGAACAUGAUUUUGCAAACAAUGUACCACUGGAGCAAGUUGUUGGAAUUUCUGCCACAUUAUCGGAAGACACAGCAGCCAAUGACACAUUAAAUGAGUCUGCAGCAAAUGAUACAAUAGAUGACUCUGCUAUAGGAGAGGCUGACACAACAGAUGUCAAUGAUACUACCACUGAGGAUACCACUGCACAGAAUGAGACUGGCGUGGAUGAUUCUGAUGAUACCGGUGGGCUGGUUAUUGACGAGGGCAAGAAGGGUCGCAAGUCCACGCCAAAAGUACCUUCAACUCCUGCCAAACCUGCGAAAGAGCCUAGGACACCACGUGGAAAGGCAAAGAAGGAAGAAGCCAAGGAAGAGGAAGAAGAGAAGAAAGAAGAAGAGAUAAUCAGUAGGAGCGGUAGGAAAAUACGACCGAAGAGGUAUUUAGAUGAACAGACAGAAGAAAAUUCAACUUUACCAUCACCGGCACCAAAGAAACGUCGCGGUGCAUCACCGACAGCAUCCACUGACAAAGAAAAGGAGAAAGAAAAGGAAAAGUCUGAGGCAGGAGCAGUUAAGGAUAAAACUGAGAAGUAUAAACAUUUCAAUGGUGUUACACAGAUGGAACUUGAAGAUUUAAAAGAACCAUUCACCCAAGAAGAUCCAGACAAGGAAAAUAUUCUAAUCACCUACCUCCCUGAUGGGCAAUAUGUUGGAAUAAGGCUGUUCCAAUCUCGGCCUACAAGUUUCAAGAACGAAGCCGCCAGGUUGCAAUGGGACAAGCAAGCCGCAUCUAAUGCAAUCACAUUGAAACUGCAGUUAGAGAGAGGUCAAAUAACAGCACAGUCUGUCUUAGGACAACUAGUGAUGGACCUUCAUUUAACAGAUGAAGAAAAAGCAACAUUGGAUAAAGAAAGAGAAACAGAAGAAAAAAAAUCACGCGUACAGUUCUUAAAAACCGAAAUGAAGCUUAUUGAACUGGAGGCUAAAAUAAAAACAUGUCUUUGUUUGGAAAAGGCAGACACUGAACUGUGUUUGAAGUUGCUGGAUGAGCUGAUGGAACUUGACGUUAAACCAUUAAUGUUGCUGAAACAUCCAACUUGCUUGGAAACUGUAAAGAGAAUGCGUGCAUAUGUUGGUAACACACCGUCUUGGGAUCUAAGUGAGAGCGCCGCAUUGCUGUUUAGCAAACAAGCUCAUCAGAUAAGGAAACAAGCAGAUACUCUGUAUAAAAAUAUGAAGGCAUUAUUUAGGACACAAGAAGAUAUUUCUUUUUGGGAGUCUUUCUCAGAUAGAGUUGUACAAUUUAAGAAAGUUACCUCGAAGCUUACCCCAGAUGAAUUACUUGAAAUGGUGCAUGAACCCUUAGAAAUGUCACUACCUACAUCACAUACAAUGAAGGCAUCCAUUGAGGCUGCUAAUGAGGAGGAUCCUCCAGAAGACGAGAAUAAUUCCAAGAAGAAAACUACUCCAGUUAAAGCCAAAAAACAAAAUGGAACACCAUCAAAACCUCCACUUAAACGACAGUCGUCUAGAAAACAACAACAAGAAGAAAAAGAAACAAAUAAAAACACUGAUGAAGCUGCGGAAGAUGAAUCAAAGGAAAAGAAGCGUGACGAAAAGACUAAUGAUGCAAACAAAAAUGAGGUUAAAAAUGCAGAAGAAUCAAAAGAGGAAACCGAAACGAUGGAACAGACAAAGGAAUCUGCAAACAAUAAAGAUACGGACAAUAUAGAAGAACCAAAAGAAAAAGAAAACAGUCCAAGUCCAAAUUCACAUGAAAGUGCAAAAAGUCCAAAAGAGAAUGCAGAACAAAAGACUGAAGAGAAAACGGAAGAAGGUAAAGUGAAGGAAAAGGACAAGGAAAAAGAAAAGGAGAAGGAGAAAGAACAGCAAAAAGAGAAGGAGAAAGAAAAGGAAAAGGAGAAAGAAAAAGAGAAACAAGAAGUUGACGAGCCCAGAGCAAAGCGAUCAAGAGAGAGUAAAAAGACUGAACCACCACCUCCAAGAUCUCCAACUAAAAGGAAAUCUAAAUGUUAA